CGAACCCUAACCAUAGAAAACCCAAAAUUAUAAGUUAGGGAGCCUAUUUACGUUUUAGGCGCUUCUAAACCCACAUCCAAACCAUAAUUCCAACGUAUUGUAUCUCACCAUCGAAAUCUGGUCUAUUUUCCCACCUCGGGCUUCAUUUGAUUCGAAGACACAGAGGGGAACGAAGAGCAAUCGCAGAGCUGCGUGUGUAAAAACCCUCACUCGAAAGUUGGCCAUGGAGAAUUCCCCAAGCCCUACAGGAUCGCCACUGGCCGCUACGGAACAAGAGCAAACUCCUCCAAACAUCACUGAACAAGUUCCCCCUGCCGCUGAAAAUCCCGAACCAGAACAAGUCUUGCUUUCUCCUCCCACUGAAGAAAAGUUCUCUCCCAGGAAGGACGAGGAAGGAGACUCCGUGGCCGAGUUGAGCAGGGAGGAAGUCCCUGCUCCUGAGCCCUCUGCACCAGAGCUACCGGAAGCCUCUGCCCCAGAGCAACUGGAGGCCUCUGCUGAUGAGGUCUCCGAGGCCCCUGCCCCUGCUCCCGCUCCUGCUGAUGAGGUCUCCGAGGCCCCUGCCCCUGCCCCUGCUCCUGCCGAUGAGGUCUCCGAGGCCCCUGCCCCUGCUGCUGAAUCUGAGGCUUCGGAGCCCCCUGUUCCUGCUUCCGUCAAUGGCAAUGGUAAUGCCACUGAAGCCAAUGGCGAAGCGGAAAAUCAGAACACCCCACCAGAAGCCGUUACUGCUGAGAAACCCCAGGAAAAGAAAGAGGAGGAGUCAAUGCCCCCAGAAGUAGACAGCGUCGUGGUUCCGCCCCAGUGGCACGCUAAACCAUGCCUUCAUGUAACUAGCAUUGGUGGGUUUAUUUCCCACGAGGAGUUAUCAAAUAUGUUUUCUGAGUUUGGAAAGAUCUCAAGCAUUGUAUUUGAAAAUGAAAGGAAAGAUGCUGCAAUCAUUCGAUAUGAAACAGCAACUGCUGAAGGAGAAGAAUUAGUUGCUAAAACAAAAGAAAAGCUUCAGAAUGCACAACUUGGUGAUCGGACAUUGCGCAUUGAAGCAUUUCGUUCAGAUUCAUUGCUUUUUAUUGGUAAUCUUACUCCAGACAUUGAUGAUGAAUUGCUGAGAAAAAUGUUUGAACAGCAUGGUACAAUAGAGAGAGCUUUUGUUUUGCGCAAUGCGGCGGGUCAGAGUAAGCGAUAUGGUUUUGUGGAAUAUAGUUUAAAAUCUCAGGCUUUGACUGCUAAGAUGGCUAUGGGAAACAUAAACAUGGAUGGCCGAGUCUUACGUGUUGAAUGGUCGGACUGUAAGAAAAUUGCAGAUAUGUUUUCAACUGUUCUCUUUGUUGAUCGCAUACCCAAGGAAAAUCCAAAUGUAGAAGCUUCUCUAAGAUCAUUGUUUGGGCAAUACGGGAAAGUUAGGGACUGCCACUUAGCUAUUGGGAUGAGUAACCAGUUUCGUGGCUUUGGAUUUAUUGACUUCUAUCAUUCUUUAUGUGCAGACAUGGCACAUCAAGCUUUGGACGGCCAUGAGCUGGAAGGGCAUAGCAUACGUGUCAGUUUUGCAAAUCCCACAAAGUCAGCUCAGUCUUACAAAAUGCGUUUUGGAAGCCAGUCUGGGCCUGCUCCUUAUGGUCAUGGUGGUAGAGGGGUAUAUCCAGGUAUGAUGGGAAAUGCCCCUGUAAGAGGACACAUGCCAAUGCCCACACCUUCACCAGGACAGCGUUUUAUGGGACCUGGUCGUACAGGCAUGAUGGGCAUGGGCAUAGGGAUGCAAUUUGGACGUGGAUCUCAUGUUAGCCAAGCAUUGCACGAUCAUGGUCUUCCAGGUGGUGGCACUGGAAUGCUAGGGACGGGUGCAGCUCCUGCAGGAAUGAUGGGUCGCCCUCCACUUAUGAAUAGUUUGCCUGCUAGGCGUGGAAUGGCUGCUGGAGCAACUCUGGCACCAAUUCCUCGUCUACCUAGCCAAGGGCAUGGUUCUAUAAAUCCUGCCACAAUCGCACAGGUAGCUACUGCCCAAGCUAAAGCACGAGAAGUGAAGGCAAGAGAGGAAUACUACCAAAAUCAGACUCAGCAGACAGUAGAUAAUGCAUUCAAGCAGGGUGAUUCACAGUAUGGUUAUCAGCAACAAUAUCAUCAACAAACUCAGCAGCAACAAACUGUACUGCAAACACAAUAUCAGCAACAGCUUGGACAGAACACUCAACAGCCAUAUACACAGUACUAUUCACAACCAGCACCAGGUUAUAUUCCGUCACAGCAACCACAACAACAACAGCAGGGGCAGUAUUCUCAAAGUGCUCAAUAUUACCAGCAACAGCCUGCACAACAAGAACCGGCAGUUCAAUCUCAACCAUAUGCUUAUGUGCAACCAUAUGCACAGCAGUAUGGCCAACAGUAUGGAGCACCAGCUCAACAACAGUACAGCCAACCAUAUAACCAGACAGCCUCUCAAAUUAAUACUCAACAAUAUCAGCAGGCCACUCAACCACAGGUGCAAGCUCAGUAUACCCAAUCAUAUAACCAGCCAACCCCUCAAAGCAAUGCUCCACAAUAUCAACAAAUGAAUGCAGCUGCUCCAGUAGCUAAUGCAGUGGGUAUUCUAACAGCGCAGUCCCAGGAUGGGUCUCAACAACAAGCAUACACAGCCUAUUACAAUCAACAGCAGCCACAGCCGCAGCCACAGCAACAGCAGCAACUGCAGCAGAAUGUUGCGCAAGUUGCAUCUGGUGCUGCACAAACCUCAAAUGUUGUUGGAACAUCACAACAAAGCCUGGAGGCUCAGUGGGCUGCGUACUAUGCAAGCCAGGCAGCUUAUCAACAAGCUGCAAGCUACCCACAACAGCAACAGCAGCAGCAACCCCAGGUGGCAACUUCUUAUAACGAGCAGCCUGUAGUGACACCAGAUGUUGGACAAAAGCGUUCUGCUGAUCAAAUGGAAUCUGGUUCACAAAAUCAACAGUUGACUUACAAUUAUCAGCAACCGAUGCCAACAAGUUAUACACAGCAAGUUCCUUCUGCAGCUGGGGCCUAUCAGCAAAACCAGGCAAUGACAGCAACCGCUUAUCAACAGCAGACUGCAGUACCCCCUUCUGGCUAUCAAAUGCAAACUACUGUUCAGCCUUAUCAGCAUCAACCUGCUGCGGCAGGAUACCAACAACCUGUUACAGCUACAGUUUCUACUGUAUAUGAUAAACCUGUGGUACCUGUUGGAGAUGGAUAUCAACAACAGCAACCUGUGCCUGCAGCAGCUGUGUUCCAGCCCGUUGCACAAGGACAAGCUGUUAAUGCUCCUGUGUAUGAUUACAACAAACGUCCAAGGUUCUGACAAUGUCUUUGAUGUCAUUUUGCAUCAACUUUGUAGUUUAGGUUUUAUUUCUUAGUGGUAUUUGUCAACCCAAGUGAAGGGAAUUAGUGGCUUUCUCAAGGAAGAAUGAUAGACAUUUUUUCUAGCCAUUUUGUAUCAGUAUUAGAACUGGGGGUUAUUUUAAUAAUCAGCAAUUGUUGUAGAUUGUUGCUUGGUUGCAUCAGUUAAGAGUUUUUAGUUUUAAAUCCUACACUUCCCAGUUAUAAUAUAGUUUUAAAAUAUAUUUGUAAUA